GCCUCCUUGGAGUCGACCAAGACGUCGACGAGUCUGUAGUUAUCGCCGCUCAUUCUCUCACAACGAUCUCAGUGCACUAGCAAGAUCAAAUCACGACGAUACGGCCGCCAGCACAUCAUGUUUGAUCAGCUCAAGGACAAGGCCGGCAAGGCCAAGGAGUAUGGCGUAAACAAAUUCACUACGACAAGAGACCACAUGAAAAGCCAGCCAAGCAAGAAUCUCAAUUGGAAUGUCGACCACAGGGCCCACCCUCCUCCACCCCCUGCCGCUCGUCCCAAGAAUACCUUUGCACCACCACCUUCAAGAUCAGGAUCCUCCUCAAGUUCGAUUCCAGCACGCAGCCCGAGCGAGGUCUCACCUUCUCCCAGCAAUCGGAGCCCACUCGCGCCUCCUCCGGCCCCUCCAAGACCGGGAGCAUCAGCAGUUGUGAGGAAGACGACCCGUCCGAGUGACACGUCGCCGAGCAUGCCUCCUCCUCCUCCAAGCAGGAUCACAUCGAGCUACAGGACUGCUUCUCCGCACCAUGUCGGCGACGGGCCUGAUCACAUUGACUGGGCGAAUCUGUCUCCGGAGGAUAAGGAGGUCUUCUUCAGCUGGUUGGAUGAGUUUUUCGCUAGGUAUCUCAGCACCUCGGUUCCCCCGAGCAUAGCAGGAGGGUCGGUCAAAAUCCUGCAGCGGUCACCUCAAACAUCACCGCAUCCCGCCCCUCCAUCUCGAGCAUCGUCCACAAUGGCUCCGCCCCAGGUCCCAAAGUGGUCCAGGCCACCCCUUCCCACCGCUGCCACCGAUGAGCAAUUUAUGACAUCACACCCUGCGCCCACGCAACAUGGGAGUGCUGCGCUCGACCUUGCAUGUUAUUUCUCGUCCUCAGCACAUUGGGACUCUGCUUGGUAUGCGUCUGACAACCCACUGCGUGCCCCGCCGCUUGAGGGCAACACACAAAUCCAGCUGGCGGGAUCCAUGGAGCAACAUGGGUUGAGAAAGAUGGUAUAUGGCGGGGUGCUCUUCGCUGACCUGAGCAUAUGUUGGUUCACCAUCGAGUUUCCCACGAACGGUGCUGCAGAUCCAAAUGACGCGCGUGCCGUCAAGCGUGCAGCGCGCUACUUGCCGCGGCCGCUUGCCAUGGACCGGGCUGCGCUCGUGGACGCGCACGAGAGGUACAGCGAGACGAUCGCCGCAUUCGCGGAGAGCUUCGAAGAGAGCGGGCAGUACUGCGGACGCGGGGAAUGUUGGGACCUCGCGCAUCAGGCAUUGGAGUACUUCCAGCAGUUCGACUAUGUGCCGCGGCCGGUGACGAGUAUCUGGCGUACGCACGGGCACCUUAUCUUCGAGGGCAAGGCGACUGGCAGGGGCGGGCCGCAGUAUGGGCGGUGGCGCGGGGGAGAUGACAGGGUGCGCAGAGGCGACAUUGUCGAAUGGCGGAGGGUGAAGUUCGGGAUGAGCAUGGGUUGGCAGACCGUCACUCAGGUCUUGGGCGACCCGGACCACACGGCUAUAAUCGUGGGCGAUGCGGUUCCCGCGGUGGCAGUGGCGGAUGGGCAGAGCGUGAAGCCUGCAGAGCUGGGGACGCUGGAGGUGGUCGAGCAGAGUGUGAGCACUGGGCAGACGCCGCAUCGGUCGAAGUACGUGUUGAGCGGGUUGGAGGAGGGCGAGAUGUGGAUAUACCGGCCGGUGAGCAUGGAGGCGUACGUUGGUUGCUUUUUGGAGGCCAAGUGCCCAGAGGGAAUCAAUGCACAGUCGAUUUAA